AUGAGUUGUAGAACAGAGAGUGAAGAGGAACAGAGAGUGGUGUUGGUUGUGAGCUCCAAGGCGUCUGAAGCGAGAUGUGUCGCGGAAGCAAAGGGCUUCACGCGCACGCUGGAGCAGCAGCGAAGGAGGCUGCGAGCUCUCGAAGAUGCUCCGGCAGACGACCCGCGCGGCGGCGGGGAAGCGGCGAAGCUCCGAGCGCAGCUGCUGGGACAUCGCAACGAGAUCGCGCAGGCCGCCUCCGAUCAUAGACUGGCGCUCGAGGGCGACGUGCAGCAGGGAGAGCAGGAGCUCGAGCGGCGGGCGGCAGUCUACGAGGAGAGGCAGGCUGCGCACUCAGCCCUACACAAGGAACACGAGUUCCGGAAGGAGCGCGAGGCCGUGGAGAAUCUGCCGAAGGACGACGCGCUGCUUGACAACCGGCGCGACCUACAGAAGGAGGUCACCGCGAUGAAGCGAGGACUCGCCCAGCAGGCGGCGCUGGCGGCCGUCGACCAGAUGAAGGUGGAGGAGUCGUUGGCGGCGGAGCAGCAGCUGCUGAGGCAGCAGGAGACGUGUCGCGCUCAGGCGCUGCAGAAGUCACGCUUCCACUACAUGAACAGCGUCAUGCUUCGCGACGGCGUCCGCUGCGAGGUCGUGAAACAACAGAACGUGCUCGACGAUCUCGCAGGCCGGCGCGAGCAGCGCCACCUGGAGUUGGCGCGCAGCAACGUGACGAUCGGACACGCUGAAGAGCGAAUGCUCGCGCUGCGCCGAUUAUACGCCUCCGCCGUGAAGAGCAGGAACGAGAGAGGAAUCCAGCUGAUAGAGAGGAACGAGGAGAUCUGUGUGUUUCAGGAGAAGCUGAACACCUUCGAACACCUGAUCCAAAACGGAGAUGUCGAAAUGACGCUCUCUCUUGUCUCGCAGAUGAGCGAUGUACAGGCGAGGUUGAGAGAGGCCGGCCAUCGUACGAAGGCUCUCAUAUCGGAGCUGUCCAUGUACCAGGCGAUGUCCAUGCAGCUUCACCAGGCCGUCAAGGAGAAGGAGCUAGCAGUGCAGCAGGCGUACAUGCGACUGGAGAACGGAGAGCCACCUAGUGAGGAUAUUCUAGCAGAGUGGCACAGAUUGGUGAGAGACGAGGCGAGACGCGCCGCGGACAGACAGAUGAAGGCCGACGUCCUGAGGAGGCCUCUAAGUGCGGCGGCCCUCGGCGUCUGUGAACGCGCGAGCCGACCGCGUCCGAACGGCGUACCGCCGAUCACGGAUGCUCAGCUUCCCGUGCCGCGGCCGUACGGGGCUAUCGCGCCGUUCAAGCCCGCCCCGGCCGGAGCCAACAUGAGACACGUGCGAAAGCCGCAGCUGAAACCCAUCGAAAUAUGA